AUAUUAAAUUAAUAUUAUAAUUUUUAUUACAGGUAGUAGUUUGCAUAAGGAUAUGUAUUUCUGUAUAUUAAACAUUUUUGAAGCUGUUAAGGAUUUGUGUAUUGAAGCUAAAGCUCAGAGAUCUACAGGUCAAUUAAAGUCAGUAGGUACAGUUUGGGAGAAGUGUAACAUAUUACAAAGCCUUCCAAAAGACAAUAAAGAUAUUGUUUUGGUGAUAUUUCGUGAUCAACUUAACAUAGUUCAGGAUGCUUUAGAGGAAUUACAACAGAAUAUCGAGAAUGAAAACGAAAGUAAUUUAGAAGAUCUGAAUCCCUUUAAUGGUUUCCGUCUUCAACCGUCAUCAUGGACGGAAGAGAAUCGUCUGGUGCUAGCUCCUAGUUCGGGUCUAAUCAAGACUGCCAGAGUCUGCAUUAAGAAAAUAAAUAAGGCAAUCAGUAGCAGAGGCAGUAGUGAUUCUGAAAAUUUAAUAACCGAAUUAGAUCAUAUGGCUGACUUGGUUAAAUCCAUCAGUAUAUUAGUAGAUGAUUUUGUUCUCUCUCUAUAUCCUCCAAUGAAUUAUGCAGCAGUUCAGCAACAUGCAGAGGCUUUGAAAGAUCAUUUAUUGAAAUUACUUGACAAAACAGGUCAAUGUCACUUUUGCCAAGACGACGAUGUACAGUGGAUAGACUUUCUAAAGAAUGCCGUAAACCAUAAUUAUGGUAAAAUCAACGAUCUCACCAACAGUUAAUAAAUAAAUAAACUUGCUGUGU